UAGGCCGGGCCGCUCCUCCCCGCUCCGGCUGCCACCGGCCUUCUCCCCGCUACCCCCACCCCGCCCUCCGCCGCCUCCUCCUCCUCCUCCUCCUCCUCCUCCUCCACCUCCUCCUCCUCCUCCUUCUCCUCCCCCCUAGAGCGGCGCCUCGGCGGGGCAUUAAUGCGGGAUGAGCGAUCAAAAGAAGGAGGAAACUAUGCCCACAGAGGGAGAGAAAUCUCCCGAGGCAGAGAAUAACAACAAUAAUAAUAAAAAAGGGAAAACUGGAGGCUCGCAGGAUUCCCAGCCUUCACCUCUUGCUUUGCUAGCAGCCACUUGCAGCAAAAUAGGAACUCCUGGUGAGAAUCAAGCAACUGGACAGCAGCAGAUCAUUAUAGAUCCAAAUCAAGGUUUGGUGCAGCUUCAAAAUCAGCCGCAACAGUUAGAAUUAGUAACAACUCAGCUUGCUGGGAACUCUUGGCAGCUUGUUGCUGCUGCUCCUCCUGCUUCAAAAGAAAAUAAUGUUGCUCAACAAGGAUCUUCUGUUGCCUCAAGCGCAGCAAGUCCCUCCAGUAGUAACAAUGGAAGUGCAUCUCCUUCAAAAACCAAAUCGGGCAAUUCUUCUGCAACGACCCCUGGGCAAUUUCAAGUCAUUCAAGUACAAAAUCCAGGUGGUAGUGUCCAAUACCAAGUGAUUCCACAGAUUCAGACAACAGAAGGUCAACAAAUUCAAAUUAAUCCCUCUAGUGCUACUGGUAUACAAGAUAUACAGGGUCAAAUUCAGCUUAUUCCUGCGGGCAAUAAUCAAGCUAUUCUCACAGCUUCAAACAGGACAGCUUCGGGGAAUGUUAUUGCUCAAAACUUGGCAAAUCAGACGGUCCCGGUCCAAAUCAGGCCUGGUGUUUCUAUACCGCUGCAACUGCAAACUAUUCCUGGUACUCAGGCACAAGUUGUAACAACUUUACCUAUAAACAUUGGUGGAGUAACCUUAGCAUUACCUGUGAUAAACAAUGUGGCAGCAGGAGGAGGCUCAGGUCAAGUUGGACAGUCUUCGGAAAGUGGAGCUUCCAAUGGAAGUCAGCUAGCGUCUACUCCUGUCACUACUGCCUCUGUUAGUUCAAUGCCAGAUUCUCCUUCCUCAUCGUCCACUUCUACAACCACUGCCUCAACAUCUCUAACUAGCAGUGACACGUUAGUGAGCUCUGCAGAAGCAGGCCAGUACACGAGCACAGCAGGCAGCAGUUCGGAGCAGACAACUGAAGAACCUCAAACCACCGCGACGGACUCUGAAGGCCAGAGCUCUGGUCAGCUUCAGUCCAAUGGACUACAGAACGUACAGGAUCAGUCAGGUUCUCUUCAGCAGGUCCAGAUUGUAGGUCAGCCUAUUCUACAGCAGAUCCAGAUCCAGCAGCCUCAACAGCAGAUUAUUCAGGCCAUUCCUCCCCAGUCAUUUCAGCUCCAGUCAGGCCAAACUAUACAGACCAUCCAGCAGCAGCCUCUGCAGAAUGUUCAGCUGCAGGCAGUAAGUCCGACUCAGGUGCUCAUCCGGGCUCCAACUUUAACACCAUCGGGGCAGAUCAGUUGGCAAACUGUACAGGUUCAGAAUCUGCAAAGCCUUUCAAACCUUCAAGUUCAAAAUGCUGGGUUGCCCCAACAACUAACCAUUACCCCCGUGUCUUCAAGCAGUGGCACAACCAUUGCUCAGAUUGCACCAGUGGCUGUUGCUGGUACCCCAAUCACACUGAAUGCUGCCCAGCUUGCUUCAGUACCUAAUCUCCAAACAGUAAGUGUUGCCAACCUGGGUGCUGCCGGUGUUCAAGUUCAAGGAGUUCCAGUUACCAUUACCAGUGUUGCAGGUCAACAGCAAGGUCAGGACGGAGUAAAAGUACAGCAAGCUACAAUAGCUCCUGUUACUGUAGCAGUAGGUGGCAUUGCUAAUGCAGCGAUUGGUGCUGUUAGUCCUGAUCAGAUAACACAAGUACAGCUGCAACAAGCUCAGCAAGCUUCUGACCAGGAAGCACAACCUGGCAAAAGACUGAGAAGAGUUGCCUGCUCAUGUCCUAAUUGUAGAGAGGGAGAAGGAAGAAGCAGCAAUGAGCCAGGAAAAAAGAAGCAACAUAUCUGCCAUAUUGAAGGAUGUGGAAAAGUUUAUGGCAAGACAUCUCAUCUUCGGGCACAUCUGCGCUGGCAUACUGGUGAAAGACCAUUUGUAUGCAACUGGAUUUUUUGUGGCAAGCGAUUUACAAGGAGCGAUGAGUUGCAAAGACAUAGAAGAACCCACACAGGUGAAAAGAGAUUUGAGUGUCCUGAAUGUUCUAAAAGGUUUAUGCGAAGUGACCAUCUCUCGAAACAUGUCAAAACUCAUCAGAACAAGAAAGGUGGUGGAACAGCCCUUGCCAUAGUUACCUCAGGAGAACUGGACUCUUCAGUUACUGAGGUUCUUGGUUCUCCAAGAAUUGUCACUGUUGCUGCCAUUUCUCAAGAUUCAAACCCAGCAACCCCUAAUGUUUCAACAAACAUGGAAGAAUUCUGAAAGGAUAAUUUAUAUGGACGCCUAGUGCUGCACUUAAGUUUACAUACCUUUCAGGAUAUGGAAGUGGGCUGGUAAAGUGGAUUACAGAGCAGGAGAUCAUGUUUUCAGUCUUGACUUCUGUAAUUGUUCCAGGCUGGAGGGUCAGCAUGGGAAGUGUACACUGGUGCAACAAGACGAAAAUUUCAAAAAUACAAACAGCGCAAAUUGAUGUACUGGAUAAACAGAUGGGGGAAUAUUAUUUCCAUACUGUACUUUUUUAGUUAUGUGUCUGUAUAUCAUGUAAUGAUUUUAAAUGAACUUUUCCCCUCUCUUUUGGCAUUGUAUGUUAAAGUGUUUGAUAUUGUCUGAAUUUACAAUGUAAAACAGGGUGGACCGUGACUAGAAUUAAUAUCGUUUGAUGAAGGUACUUUGUUUUUAAUAUAAAUUUGUAAUAUUUUCAUGAGAACAUCUUUUCCCAUAAGAAACAGCAAAACUGAAUAUAGAUUGAAUGAUAGUGAAAAUAGUUUAGUUUUUUGCUCAGUCCACAGAACAUGUCAGUUUAUUUUGGCCGUCUUUUCUCAAGUUUUGGAAUUAAUCGAAUAGCAGCUGGAUGAUACGUGCUUGCUGCAAAGUGAAUCUGAGGUGGACCUCAGAUUAAUUUUGACCACUACAUUAUAGUAGUGUGUAUAAAUGACAAUCAGUGAGUUCUAAUUCCUCUCUUUCUUUGGAGAGUUAAGGUUAUGUAGAAUUAGUGUAUACAGUAGGAAAGAUUAAAGCAUAGAAAGAUAUUAACAUAUGAUUUUACAAAACUAAUGGUGUCUUUAUGUAGGAUAAAGAAUGAAUACGGCAACUUUUGGGUCAGUUUUUAGUAUAUUCAUAUUUUAAAGCAUCAGCAGUUCAUUUCUAACUCAUAGGUAACAUGAAUCAUAAAAAUUCAGUCUUAGAUAUUUAUAUGUUUUAAUUUUGUUAGGAUUCAUGGAAAUCAAUCAGAGAAUUGUCUCCAUGAGUGUUGUAGAUCAUUCUUCUGUAUCAUCUUCCUGUAAAUACUAGUUUGUUUGUUUUUUUGUGGUUAAUGUGAUGAGUUCUUUAUGCUUUGACUUAAUAGCCAAAGAAAAGAAUUAAUUACCACAUUUUAACCAAAAAAGGCAUUGUAAGUAAACAUUUUCUCUCCUUUCCCCUAAAUAUUACUGUCUUCAUUUUCUCUUCAAAGAUAUAUGUGGGCUGGUAAUAAAUAUCUGUUACCUGACAAAUCUUACAUUGAGGCUCCAACCACAAAACAAAUGGGAAAAGAGGAAUAUGGUUAUCUUUUUAUUAUGUGACUUUUGAUUUUAAAGGUUUGGUUAUAUUUUCAGUUGAGUCAGAUUAAUAGGAAUAUAGAGGAAAUGGAAAGCAACAAUAACACAAAACUGCAUUUCAUACGUAAAAACUGCCGUACAUAAGAGGAGGAAAGAUGGCCAAAUAUUUCAUGCUCAGGAUUUUGAAUUGUUUCCCAUAAUCAUAAAUGUAACCUUUUACACAUAUAGUCAUUUGGUAACAAUUCUCAUGAUCGGUAUUUUUAAAAUUUAUACACCAAAAUAUUUUUGAUGUAACAAAAGGAAGUACAGUGUAAGAAGGUUAAGAUUUUUGUUUGUUUUUCCUGCAAAUUACAAAGGGAAGAAUGUGUUUGGUAACUGUUGGUUUGAGACGCAUACCAGAUACCUUGUGCAUUCUCUCACAAAACAUAUACUUCUCAUCUGAAUACUUUAUCAAUCUUGUGGUGUUUUGUGUAUUUUUGAAGCAAGAGAAAUACCAAUCAUUGUUUACACUGUGUACACUUUAGGCCAGCCCUUUGUAGCAAAAUAUUAAACUGAAGGUAUUUUAUACUUUCAGUUUACAUUUAAAAAAAAAAAAAAAGAAAAAGCUUUGAGAUUAAAGAAAAACAAUUUUACACUGUGGUUAUAAAUUUCAAGUUUCUUAAAGCUUUUGUAGACUUGUAACAGUCUUUAAAUUUUAGUUGGGUUUUGUACAUUAUUUUGUAUAUUUUAUUUAAAGUACUCUUAACUGAUGUGUCUGGACUUAAAACAUCAGACUCAAUUAGAUGUUACAUUUAAUACAGAUGAACAUUAGGUAGUAUUAACUGUUAAUUUUAUUAUAUAGGAAAUGAAAUGUCAAAUAUAUAUUUUAUCAUUAUGCUUCACAAUCAGUGCUAUAAAUUUCUUUAUGCAAAGAAAAAGUUUCUUAAUGUUAUUACCAUGUUUCCUAGAAGUUAACAAUUUUUGUAAACUGAAGUUAUGAGCAUUCUGCACAACCAUUUCGUAUAUAAUUUGUUCAUGCAUACUUACAUAUGCAGAUAGGAAACUGAAGUCAUUUUUAAUUGACAAUGAAUCCCUAUUGUAGAUGUAUCAAAAUCUAAAUCUGGUUGGGUUCCUAGCAUCUAAAGUACAUUAACUUGUGUUAGCAGGUGCACAUUUUACCGAUGAAAUUAGAAGCAUUUUGACAGUCUGUUCUGCAUACCAUUCUGAAUCCACUUUUCUGUCUUAAAAGGAUCGUAAAUUUCAACGUCCUUUAUUUGACUCAGUGGGAUAUAGCUGUUGUAAGUAAUAGGGCACAGAUGUGCAGUAGUAUCUUGUUUAAUGGCAUUUCACUGUUCAUUCCCUUUGCCACCGUUAAAAAAUUUGCUUUAUUGUAAUUAUCAGUGCAAAGUGUAUUUACCAUGGUAGAACUCCAGUGUUAGACUAGUUUUUUUCUUACGAUAUACUUUUUUUUGGUUAGGUUUGUGUAUGUGUUGCCGAUUACAUUAGAAAUUGGUGUUAAGUCAUUAUUUAUCACAUUCUUUCAUGAGAGCAGUAAUAAAAGUGUGUAAUCUAGGAGAAAAAGUUAAUUUGUCAGAGUUAGGUAAGCAUGAUGUUUAGGUCCUAUUUUUCAAUUUUAUAACUGUUUUAUUGCAACAAUAUUUGUAUUUAAGUCUUCAUUUUAAUGCCUUGUGGUGUUUUUUUAUGCAUGUCACUGAAUUGUCAUCCCGCAAGAAUUGAUGUGCAGCAUAGGGUAUUAAAUCUACAUAAUGAUUUUGAAACAGAAAAAUAGUUGAUGGUAAAAAAUGUAAAUGUUUUGCAAAAAAAAAAAUCCUUAUAAAAAGUUUUGUAGUAAUAUUUCACUUGUAAAUUUUUCUAAGAAAAAAAAUGGAAAAGGAAAAAAAUUAGUAACAUUUCCCCACAUCUAGAAUUUAGAACUUAAUUCUGCCAGCAAAGCCUGUAAGGCACUAAUCUGACACUUUUACAAUGCUGAUUUGUAUUUUUUUUUUUUGGUGGGUUUGGAACUAAAAUCAUGUACAAGUUGUUGCCUGCAAUAACAUUUUGCAAGUAACCUAUUAAAAUUCCCUUGAGUUUAAAA